GCAGCGGGCACCGUAUAACCAUUUAUCUCCAUUGAAUUUACUGACUGGAGGCAUCUGACUGGAUUUAAACCACCUAGCGGUGCUGGACACGAGCCGGACCGAUGAGCUCAUCUCCGCGCUUUCUGACUACGGGGGCGUUAAAGAUGCGGUUGCUGGACUGGGUCAAGGUACCUGUCUUCGAGUCACUCCGGUUCGGUUCGUCUGACUGAUCCUGUCCAACGCCGCGUGUCUUUAAGGACCACUACAGUUUUGUUUUGUUUAAUCCCCGUUUUUUUCUCCCGUUCUUCUGCAAAUUGGAUCCCGCCACCUGCAGCCUGAAGGAUGGAUAACUAUUCUACUUUGCAACUACAGUGUCUAGAAAUGAGCACAAAAAGGAAGCUGAUUGGCCGGCUAGUGCCAUGCCGUUGUUUUCGUGGGGAAGAGGAAGUGAUCUCAGUGUUGGACUACUCUCACUGCAGCCUGCAGCAGGUCCCUAAAGAAAUCUUCAGCUUUGAGAGAACUCUGGAGGAGCUCUACCUGGAUGCCAACCAGAUUGAGGAACUACCCAAGCAACUCUUCAGCUGCCAGGCCUUGAAGAAGCUGAGCAUGCCUGAUAACGACCUCUCCAACCUUCCAACCACAAUUGCCAGCCUGGUUAACCUCAAAGAGCUUGACAUAAGUAAAAAUGGUAUCCAGGAGUUUCCAGAUAAUAUUAAAUGCUGUAAAGGCCUGUCAGUGGUAGAGGCCAGCGUCAACCCCAUCACCAAGCUCCCAGAUGGUUUUACGCAGCUCCUGAAUCUGACUCAGCUCUUCUUAAAUGAUGCCUUCAUGGAGUACUUGCCAGCGAAUUUUGGUAGACUCUCCAAACUUCGAAUCCUGGAGCUGAGAGAGAACCACCUGAAAACAAUGCCAAAGUCCAUUCAUCGAUUGACACAGUUGGAGAGGUUGGAUCUGGGUAGCAAUGAAUUCUCUGAAGUGCCGGAGGUGUUGGAGCAGAUCCACAACCUAAAGGAGCUGUGGAUGGAUAACAACUCUCUACAGUCCAUACCAGGGUCACUAGGAAAACUUCGCCAGCUGCGCUACUUAGACUUAGCAAAGAAUCGUAUUGAGAAUUUGGACACGGAUGUUUCAGGUUGUGAGGCCUUAGAGGAUCUUUUGCUUUCCUCCAACAUGCUUCAGCACCUUCCUGACUCUAUAGGAAUGUUAAAGAAGCUGACCACACUGAAAGUGGAUGACAACCAGUUGACCUCACUACCGGGAACCAUUGGGAGUCUGUGUCUGCUGGAGGAACUGGACUGUAGUUGUAAUGAGUUGGAGUCACUGCCUCCAACCAUAGGCUACCUACACAGUCUUAGGACCUUUGCUGCUGAUGAGAACUUCCUCAUUGAACUUCCUCGAGAGAUCGGUAACUGUAAGAAUGUAACGGUGAUGUCACUGCGCUCCAACAAACUUGAGUUCCUCCCUGAUGAGAUAGGACAGAUGACUAAGCUACGAGUCCUAAACCUUAGUGAUAACAGGUUAAAGAAUCUACCGUUCACCUUUACUAAGCUGAAGGACCUGGCAGCUCUCUGGCUUUCUGACAAUCAGUCCAAGGCUCUGAUCCCAUUGCAGACAGAAGCCCACCCUGACACCAAACAGAAGGUUUUGACCAACUACAUGUUUCCUCAACAACCUCGCCAUGAUGAGGAUUAUCAGUCGGACAGUGACAGUUUUAAUCCUACCCUGUGGGAGGAGCAGAGACAGCAAAGGAUGACUGUGGCUUUUGACUUCGAGGACAAGAAAGAAGAGGAAGACAACUCCGGGAAGGUCAAGGUGGAGAUAAACCUAAAACGCUAUCCAACACCCUACCCCGAGGACCUGAAGAACAUGGUCAAGUCAGUACAAAGCCUCGUGGGUAAAAAUGUUCACACGGGCCAUGGGCACCAGCACCAUCUUAGCACAAGCACAGCCACUUCAGCAGGAACCAACAUGGAACUUACACACCAUAGCAAAGAACCGUAUGAACCACCGUGGCCCCUGCCCCCCAAAGAGGUAACAGACAGAGAGAUGCAGGACUUCUCUCAGACUCAGCGAAUGGAUCAGGGAUCGAUGCAUAACUCUGGCAUUGACAUCCCAAAGAGGAAGGACAAAGAGGACCUGACGGAGAGCUCAGAGGACUCAAUGGGCGGCUCACCCAAUGACAUCCGCAUCUCUGACAUGAGGCCCACCCUAGUGGAGCCACCAAUCUACAAACCAAAGGUGGUGCUGCUUGGCAAGGAUAAGAAAGAGUCUACAGACGAGGAGGUGGAUAAGCUCCACUGUCUCAACCACAGCGGGUCCUCGGCCACCUACUCUGAUUACUCUCCCUCGGUUGGCUCCUCUGGCUCCUCCAACCCACCCGCUAACACUCACUCACACCCUCGCUCUCACGCACACCAACACAACCCUCCCCUGCCAGCACACCACAAGGACCAGCCUCCUCAAACACAUUGGACCAACAGACUGGCCCAGUCUUUUCCUAAACCUAUUGACUCCAAGCCGCUGCUGUCGCAAAGAGAAACUCCUCCCUCAGGGACCGUGCAGCAACGUGGAGAUAGACGUCCAUUGAGUGAGCCUUUCGACUGGGCCGAGACCCCUCACUAUGACAACACCGGCUUUGAUGCUGAGGAGUCUCCCUUAGACCCUUCAUCAUCUAAUAUGAGCCAGGGUAACCCGCCACUGGGUUCCAAACCUCGGAGCCAAUCAACACAUGGCCGCCGUCCGCUCUUAAGGCAAGAACGAAUUGUAGGCGUCCCGUUGGAGCUGGACACACAGACACUCCCCUUUCACAGCAACCAACGCUCCACCCAUGACAAUGAAGCUCAGGCUUCUGCACAAGCUUCCCAGAAUCCUUGGCAGAAUUGGACACGCACCCCAAGCCCCUUAGAAGACAGGACCGCUUUUCCCUCCAAACUGGACCUUACACCAACCUCAAGCCCCAACCCAGACCGCAAGGUGGCAGACCAAAGGCGCGAGCAAUCAUCAGGGCCUCUUCCUUGUAGCUGGUCGUACCACAACAAUCAGGGGGAGCAAAACAGAAAGGACCAGCUCACUGUCACCGGGGGCAACAAGGUAACCGUGGUCAUGAGUAAAGGCUCUGACCGACUGUCUCCGAUGAUGAAAGAGACAAGGUCCAGGUUUAAGAAAUCCCAGAGCAUCGAUGAGAUCGACAUGGGCUCCUAUAAAGUAUACAGUAUUCCCAUGGACAGUUACAGUUCAUCCAUUGAGCAGCAGAGCAGUUUAGAGCGCCAAGAGCUGCCGGGUUCCAUGGAGCAGACCAACAUGGCUCGGUCCCAGUCUGCACCGAUGUUAGAUGAGGAACUUGGAUUCCCAGCACAUGGAAACCAAAACCAGCAGCCGCACAACCAAAAACCUGCAGUCCCACAAAAAGCCUACCACUUUGACCAAAACUAUAAUCCCCAGGUGACCAUGGACCGACGGGCCCCUCCCCCUUUCCCGAAUACACCAGAUUAUGUCAACCACUCAUCAAAAGCAUUGGAGUACAUCAAUCAACCUGGAAAGACAUUACCUAAGGAGUUGGUGAGCCCUCGGUAUCGUGCUUACCCACCACUGGAGAUGUUCUCUUUUCCCCAACCGCCAAUCAAUCAGGAUGGUUCCACCAGCCAGCAGCAGCAUCCAAUUCCAUCGCAGCGUUCUAGGCCAGGGUUUUUGAGGCGAGCAGACUCACUGGUAAGCUCUACCGAACUCGCUUUGUUCCGGAGAGUCCACGAAGCUCAGCAGGAGGCCCUACAGGAAGCUCAGUACAGACAGCAACAUCAGGGGGACCCUCCUCUUUAUAGUCGGGCUCUUGCUUAUUCCACCCCCAUGGACCAUUCUGCCAACAUGGUAGACAACCAGAGUCAAAUGAUGCACAACAAAAGAAAUGGACGCUACGAUGACGAUUAUCCCAGCUACCAGGAACAGAAGAAACCCAUGAUUGGUUAUCCAACAAAGAGCUUGACUCAACGUCGCCCCCUGUCUGCUCGAAGCUACAGCACUGAGACCUAUGGAGCAUCUCAGGCGCGUCCAGUGUCAGCCCGUCCCACCAUGGCGGCCCUCCUGGAGAAGAUGCCUCCUGACUACAGUCUGGCAACCUGCCCAGAGAAGCCUUCUGAUGACACCAUCAAGGUACGGCCUGUGGUACCACAGAAGCCGGACGACAUCACCUCCAAGAUGCCGGCUGACUGGAGGCAACAGCUGCUGAGGCACAUCGAGGCCAAACGCCUGGACAGGAGUGGUGUCCUAAAGCACAAUACGCUCACGCUGGGCAUGCUCUGUCAGGGCGGGGGUCACGGCCAGGGGCGCAGCAGCACUUUGAACUUUAACGUUUACAAUAACACUAAGCAUGAGCCCCCUGCUGGCCGCUGGCUGCCACUACCUCCUCCUCCUCCAUCUGCUGUUGCCACCCCCUCCCAGCAGGCGGCCAUGCUGGAUAACGACCAAGAGGGUGUGUCAGGAAGCAAUCAAUGGGCUCCCUACUCACUUGGCAGGAGAGACGUCCCACCUGACAACCUCAUGAAAAAGGGAGGCCACUCUCACAACCCUCCUCACCAAUCACACAACACCAUGAUUGUCACUUCUUCGUCCUCUUCCUCGGCCACAACCCCCCAUCGUAUGGUUGGCCAACAGGGUUAUGAUGGCGGAAUAAUGAAUAAGGGCGCCCAAUAUCAGCAAGGAAUGCCUUUAUCAGUUGUUCCGUCCGCGGUGCAGUAUCAAGGAAACAUGCCUCCAGCCCUUAACACUUCUGGCCAGGUCUACUCAAGCGCUGGCCUGCCUAUGGCCCUGUCCUCAUCCGGGAACCAACCACAGUACAACUUGCAUACCUCCCACACAUCACAUCAGCCUUCACACACUCCCAACAACCCCCAGUACCACAGCAACCAGGGAAUGGUCCAUAGCAACCAGGUUGUUGUCACAACUCACACCAACCCGCGGCCUCAGAGCGCUCGCUGUCUUCUCCAAACUAAAGGCCAGAAGAGUACCGAUGGUUUCCAGGAACAGUUAUGUGUGAGAAUAGAGAAGAACCCUGGUCUUGGUUUUAGUAUCUCUGGUGGCAUCAGUGGUCAGGGGAACCCCUUCAAACCCUCUGACAUGGGUAUCUUUGUUACUAGGGUACAGCAUGACGGGCCCGCUGCAUGUUCCCUGCAGCCUGGAGACAAGAUACUGCAGGCUAAUGGACAUAUUUUUUUACACAUGGAACAUGAGACAGCCGUCUCUCUACUGAAGAGUUUCCAAAGGACGGUGGACUUGGUGGUUCUGAGAGAAAGCAGCACUUAAAAAACAAAUAAAUAAACACAGCAUCACAUCAGUGCUCGUCACCAUCCCUAACCACACCACCUUCUUCUGGAGGCUGGUGGAACUGGAAAAAAAGAGCCACCUUUCCCAAAAAAUCUUUGACAUGUUUUGCCUAUUGCUGGACUAUAGGCAAAUACGUGUGCCAAAUCGCAUAAGCAUAUCGGCUAUCUGUCUCGAGACGAGGGGACCUGGUUAAGCCCUGAAGGAUCCCUGAAGGACGAUACUCCUUGAGUCACCACAGGGCUGCUCCAAUUUGGAUUUUGUGUUUGGGUCAUUAAUUAGGCUUCUAAUUGGUCAGUCAAUUUUGUUUGGUUGCUAUCUAAAGAUAUGGGACUUAUUUUUUAAUAUAUAUGGAUACAUUUUGUUGGUUUUCAUUUGGAUUUUUAAACUCAUGCACCCUUUUGUGUCAUUUUGUUUUCACUACAUUAUUCAGUUAUUCUGAUUUACUGUUGUUGUCUGUUCCAGUCUUCUGCCUCUAGUGUACAGAAAUUAACAUUUAAAAAGAACCAAAAAAAAUGGCCUGCCUUGUGUACAUACAUUGAGCCGCAGCUUUCUGGAGCAUUCACUCGGACCCUGAAGUAAUUUUGUCCAUAUUGUUUUUGAAAUCACAAAUCCAGCUCUGUCUCUUAGUACUAUAUACGGUGAUAAUUUUCUUGAUGGACAUGGUUGUGUUUUCCCAUUCAAGCUCAAUCACUUUUUAUCUGUUUAAAGAACUGCCUGCUGUGCUUGAAGAGAGCUAAAGCAAUAUUCAUAUUUUUGAGUUGUUGUCCAUUUUGUUUCCAGCAGAAUCUAACUUGUCCUGCAGUGCCAUCUAAUGAGCGGCCCAUGCAAAUGUUUACACCUAAAAUAAUGCACAACUAAGUAUAUGCAAUGUUGUGUCCAUAUAAUGUAUAAAGCCCUAUUAUUUCAGAUUUCAGAUAUACACUUAAAAUAAGCUAGCCUCUCAUGAACAGCUGCAUAUUAUUCAUAAUGUUCAUGUCACAUUUGGAACAUUUGUAGUGUUUUUUUACUAUUUUCUCAGUAACAUGACAUCUUAGUUUGUUUUUUUUGUCAUUUUUUUUUUACAAGUUAUGAUAAACACAGCAUGCGCUCAAGUCGCUGUUUAUUGUUAACUUGACACGUUUGCAUUGUGGCGUCUCAGCUCUGUAGUGUACUGCAGAGAAUUACCUUCUAUAUUUGGUCCAAUAUGAACCCUUUCAUCCUCCCAAGUGAUAUUUACACAGGCCCAAAAUACCAGGACUUACAUUUUUGCGGCCCACAUCUGGUCGGCCCGCAGUGCCAGAGGGAGCAUGACUUCAGUGGGUGGGGCAAUUGAUGUCUGAAUGCGUCUUCUACAAAACUAAAGCUCUUCUCUGCUUAAAAGGCCCGUGUGCAGCAUUUCAAUGUGCUCUAUUGGUAUAACAUAAUCUUCAUUGUUAGUUAUUUAUUGACCAUUUAGUGAUAUGAAGACAAACUAAUUUCACAUAUGAAGCAGUCCGCCACAAAUCCCUCCGACCAGAUGUACAUUAACGAAUGCUUUACUAGCUCCAGACAGAGCACAGUCAGUCUCUGAUGGCCGUCCAGUAAUUCAACAACAUAGCAAUGCUUAUGGUCUUAGAAAACAUUGGAUCACUCUAUUGCUCAGGCAAUGACUCCCAUUCUACUGUGAUAAUGCCUGGAGACCGCUGAAGUUGGAGAAAGUAUUUAAAUGCCAGCUGCAAAUAGAUGCUCCACACCGGUCCUUUAAGAAAAACUGUAUUCUUAACAAAAACACACACGUCCAUACAUAGGACAAAAUCACACGACUGAGUGCACUUCAUAUUACAUAAAUGCAAAAAAAAAAAAAAAAAGACAUUUUCAUGUAUGGUCACGGGUUUUGUCAUCUUUACUGUAUAUGAUCUGACAACAUUUCCUAUCGUGCCCAUUGUUCUUUGCCGAAGUAUGAGUGUCAUGCUGUUGUAUUAAUGUUUCAAAUAUGUUUGCAGCCAUUUAAUGUAGUUUGGGGCAUCAAAUGACACAAUUUAGUUAUUUGGCUGUACGGGCAGCCGCCAACGCCAACUAAUUCUAAAAAGUCUAAAAAUAUGAAGGGUAUUAUGAUGCAAAGAGACAAAAGGUUUGAUAAUUAAAAUUAUUUUUACUACGUUUCAGGUAAUGAUUUCUAAAUAUAUUGCUAUACAUUAGCAUUGCUCAAAAGUUGUGAUAUUUUCUAAUGACUCUUAUAACAAUGUUAUAGAUGAAGGUACGCACAGAAUGACUUGGAAACUUAAACAUGAACUAUCCAAAAGUGUACAAAAUGUAUUUCUACUGCAAUUGUAAUUUGUGUUAUACAAAUAUAUUAUAUAUAUAUAUGUAUAUGGUUAUAAAAAGUCGUUUUUUUAUGUGCUAAGCAUACAUAAGAGCUGAAACAGUUUCACUGUACAUACAAUAGCUGGGAAAGAGAACAAAUUGAAAAUGACUCCUACUAAUUGUGAAUGUACUCAUGCUUUCUGCAGUAUACACUUACUCGACUUGAAUGCUGCUUUUUCUGUUGUGUGACAAAAAGUACUUUGACCUCCGACGAGAGAUGCUCUUAAAGUUGAACAGUUUUUAGUGACAGUUUACAGCACUAUUUGUUUCUUUACUUAUUUAAUUAAUUAUGUAUUUAUUUUGCACAUGCCAGUUGAAAUACUUCCACUUUUAAGUUUGAAUAUUUAUGAAGAGAAUUAUAACUGCUGAAGUGUGUGGUGUGUGUGAGUGUGGUGUGUGUGUGUGUGUGUGUGUGUG